AUGUUCGAGGAUAUGAACUCGGCCGUUAUGCAAAGACCUUAUCGUAAGUACAUCCAACGUAUUGAGGACAUGGAACGUAUGCUCCGUGUGCUCGACUCUGAGAUCGCCAAGAUGCCUGAUGUCACUCUUUACAAGAACCGUAUCGACGACUUCCUGGACCACGAUGAUGAGUUCACCCUUGACACCCUAGAGGCUGAGAUCAAGAGAGUUUACGAACAGUUCAUUCGCUUCCGUGGUAACAACGAGGACUUGACUGCUGAGCUGGACUCUGCCACUGAGGAGUUGAACGUCGUACAGAACAGUCUCAGCUCUGGUUCUGUUGCUGCUGGCACUGGUGCGGCUCUCGAGGCUCCUCUAUUGCAGGGUGAGCCCACUGCUCGUGGUACUGGUAGAGAGCGUAUGGGCAUGCAGUUCUCUAACAUUGCUGGCGUUGUGAAGAUGGAGGAUCAGGAGAGCUUUGCCAGAACGGUGUUCCGUGCUACUCGUGGUAACACCUUCACUCAGUUCACUGAGAUUCCCGAUACUCGCAAGAGUGUAUUCGUCAUCUACUUCCAAGGCGCUGCCGCUAACAGUUACAUGUCCGCUAAGCUCCAUCGUAUCUGUGGUGCUGUUGGUGUUCACCUUUAUCAAUGGCCUGCCACUCAUGACGAGGCUAGGGUCAGAAUCAACGAGCUGCAGAGCAUCAUCGCUGACAAGACCCAUGCUUUGGCUGGCUUCGACAGAUUCAUUCGUGAUGAAGCCAGAGGCCUUGUCGAGCCCAUUCGUGUUGGUGGCAACUCUCGGAUUGAGGAAUGGAAGUUGUUCUGCAUUAAGGAGAGGAACAUCUAUGCUACUCUUAACCUUUUUGAGGGUGAUGUUACUCUGAGAUGUGAUUGCUGGUAUCCUUCUAAGGAGGAGGAUUCUAUUCGUCGUGUACUCGGCGAGUCUGAAUUGGCUGCCUCUGCUAUGCUG